UCAAAACUGAAGGAUAACUAACCUCAUAUAUUCAUGAUCAUAGAUUCUUGUGUUGAUUUUAAACAAUAUUUUUAACAAAAUCUAAUAGGAAUAUCUUGUAUAAUAAAUGUUUAAAUCACGUUAAUUGUCUGUUUUCAAAUAAUUAUUUCAAAGAUGAUUAAUAUACAGAAGUUAUUACGUAUUCCUCAACGAAUUCCUUUUCAGAAGGAAAUAUCAACGGCUAUUCAUUCACAAUCACUCUAUCCCAAUAAACAUAAUGUGUUAUCAAUUCACAACAAAAAAAUACCUCAGUUUUCUACAAGAUCGAUGGCAUUAAUGGAUGUAGGAUUUCUUAAAAAAUUUCUAACAAGGAUACCCUCUUUAGAAUUUAACAAAACAAAAUUGAAAGCUAUAACUUAUAAUCAUUUCGAAUCAUUAGUCGAUAAUUUUGAUUAUAUAGAAUUCUUUGAAGAAUUAGAUAUGCCAGACACUUUUUACUCAUGGUUUGUAGUAACAGAACUCCAUUUGUGGAUGUUGUCAGCACGAGCAAUGGCUGAAGGUAAAGAUGGUAGAGUGAUAAGAAAUACUCUUGUAGAAGCAUUAUGGGCUGAUGUACUUGAAAGAGUAAAGAAACUUGGGUCUAAAGGCAACCCUAUUGAUAUAAGAUCAAAAAUUGUAGAAUUAUCAGAACAACUUCAGGCUUCUUACAUUGCAUAUGAUGAAGGUCAUCUAGCAGAUGAUAUUGUUUUGGCAGGUGCAUUAUGGAGAAGAUUUUAUCAACAAUCUGAUAUGGUUGAUAUGGUACACAUUGAAAAACUUGUAAAGUAUGUUAGGAAAAAUAUGCGAGUAUUGGAAAAACUAAGUGAUGAGGAACUGUAUGAUCCUAAGAAUAUAAAGUGGUGUUCAAUCAAUACUUAAAAUUCACCAUUUCAAAAUGAUAUAAAUGAAAGUAAUUGAAAUGUGA